AUGCUCGCCCUCCGCCCGGCGAUCGAUCAAGUCGGCAAACGUCGAAAUGAAACGCAGGGAAACACGGUAACAACGCCACACGCCGAUCAUGGUGAGGCGAUGAGUGGUGAGGAUGAGGAUCGAACGCCAGCACCGCCCGCCUGCGCCGGCACAACGGCCAACAACAGCAACCUGUUGUCAUGUCCCCUCACUGGCACGAGAAGCGAGGCAGGCGCCGAGUUUCGAACCUGGUUGAUCACUUAUUGA